AUGGACCCGGCCACCUGGAAUGAGACGGGGACCUCUGACUUCCUGCUGCUGGGGCUGUGGGCCCCGCCACCCCUGCGGCCCCUGCUAUGGGCGGCCCUCCUGGCGGCGUAUCUGGCCACAGUACUGGGCAACGGCACCCUGGUGGGGCUGAUCGCACUGGACCAGCGGCUGCACCGGCCCAUGUACCCCCUGCUCGCCCACCUGGCGCUGCUGGACACCGCGUAUGUGAGCACCACGCUCUCACAGGUGCUGGUGCACGUGACGGCGCGCCGAGCCACCCUCUCCCCGGCGCGCUGCGGAGCCCAGAUCCACCUGGGGAUCUCCCUGGGCAGCUGCGAGGCCAUUCUCCUGGCUGCCAUGGCGCUGGACCGCUGCCUGGCCGUGUGCCAGCCCCUGCGCUCCGCGGCGAUCAUGACGCCCGCGCGUUGUGCCAUCCUGGCCACCACCGCGUGGGCGCUGGGCUUCCUGUUGUCGGUGCCCAACGCCGCGGCUGCGCUGCGCCUGCCCUUCUGCCGCCGGAGGCCCCCGGUCGACCACUUCCCCUGCGAGCUGCCCGCGGUGCUGAGGACGGUGUGUGCAGACACCACCGCCGAUCACGUGCUGGUCUCCGGCUUGGGCACGCCCAUCCUCCUGGUGCCCUUGGCCUUCAUCCUCGCCUCCUACGCCUUGAUUCUGGCGGCCGUGGGCCAGCUGCCUUCUGCCAAGAGCCGCCUGAAGGCACUGUCCACCUGCAGCUCGCACCUGGCCGUGGUGGGUCUCUUCUACCGCACGGUGACCGCCACGUACCUGCGCCCCCGGGGCUCCAGCGCCCUCCCCGCCAAGCGCCACAAGCUGGUGGCUGUUUUCUAUCUCGUCAUCACGCCCGUCCUGAACCCGCUCAUCCACAGCCUUCGGAACCGCGAGGUGCAUGCGGCGGCCCGCCACGCCCUUGCCCGGUUCCGAGGGUGGCGCGCUGUGCUGAGCUGA